GAAAAAGAGAACUCAGUGUACGAAUACAGUCAAUAAGUAAGACAGUGAAGGAGAAUAAGAAAGAGUGAGAGAGAGUUAAACCGGGCAUGAUACUGGCAAGAACGGUGGCUGCCAUCUUGGUUUUCAACAGCUGUUGCUGUACUACGCAUGCGCAGUACUGGCAACCUUUGUGUAGCCUGGCUUGGAAUCUCAGAAAACAGCUCAGUUCAGUCCAGUCUAGUAGGUAGUUCCGUUGUAUACUAUACGUGGCAUAGCUUCACUCGUGUGCAUACGAGAAAAUCAUGUAGGUUAGUUUUAUUGUGUUCGUAAUCAUGUCGUGAAUAUCUACGAAAAUAGAAAAUUGUGUGCUUAAAAGUGAAUAUUUUCAUGUAAAUCGCGAAUUGUAAAGUGAUUGUGAGCUAGCUAGUGGGGUCGGGAGUGUUUUUAUUCUUUGUUUACAGAGUACCACGAGCUAGAAGACAUCAAUGAUCAACUACAAACAAAAUAAAUAAAGUCUCAAUAAAAUAUGCUUUAAAACCCUUACACCCUCUGGAACGAAAUUCAAACAGGUUACUCAAAACAAUUUCAACUGACACCAGGAGUUGAGAGACAAAAAUUAGAAUGUUAAGAUGAAAUUUGGUGAUAAUGCCAAUUUACAUUUCCAUGUCCAAAUUCUGUUGCAACUGGCAUUAGCGUCAACAUUUGUCUCCGGUGAGACCGCAUCAUCAGCUCAGGCACAAUCGAUUGGAGAUGGAACAAAACUGCAUGACAGCUCUCAUGGCCCGUCUGCUGCCAGAGCAAAAUGCCCACAAAAGUGCAUCUGCAAAGCCAAUGACAUCACCACAGAGCAAUGGCACAUCCAAUGCCACGACCAGAUGCUGGCCGAUCUCAAGGUACCAUCAGGCACCACAUACUUGCAGCUCCACAAUGUCACCACAGCUCAACUGCAAGAUCUAUCCAGCAUUGGCUCACAAAGUCUCUUAGAAUUCAAGCUGAGUGCCAGUGGCCUGGAAGAGCUGCAUCCCAAUACAUUUAGAAGUUCAUCCGUCUUGGAGAGAUUAGACUUAGGAGAGAAUAGACUGAGCGAGAUACCACAAGAUGUAUUUGAGCCACUGGUACACCUCAAGUUUCUCAACAUCAGCAGUAACCGACUACUGCAUGUAACUGAUGACUUACUCAAGAGCUUAACAUCCCUAACCGAGUUGGAUAUUUCCCACAACAAUCUGCAUACUUCCCAGCCAGAUGUAUUCAGACACCUCAGGUCACUGAAAACACUCGACCUAUCCCACAACCAAAUAUCGUCAAUUGUUGACUCAUUUUCCAAUGAGAACCUAGAAAGCCUAGCUCUGAGUCACAACAAACUACGUGACAUUCACACACAUGCCUUUGCUGAGCUUCGCAAUUUGCGAUCACUGGACCUUUCCCAUAACUCACUAGAAAUCAUCUCAAAAGAUUUAUUUAGAAGCACCCAUCUUUUGAAACAUCUAGAUCUAUCUAACAACAAGAUAAAACAAAUAUCAGGGAACAUGUUUUCUUCACUUAAACAACUUACUUACCUCAAUGUGGCCAAUAAUAGGAUUGAAACCCUGGAUGACAGUUUAUUCUCAGCUAACACAGAAUUGGAAAAAUUGAUAUUGGAUAACAACAAUAUUGAUAGUUUGAGUCGUGAGAAAAUGGUUGGUUUGUACAGUCUCAAGGUGCUAAGUGCUAAGAACAACAAGAGAAUUCGAGAUUUCCACAAACCUUUGUCAACAAACAUCCAUUAUCUAGAUUUGUCAGGGAAUGCUAUGAUCAGACCACCAGCAUUCUUGAAGGAGUUGAAAGCAUUGAAAAGCUUGAGACUAGCAGACAACUCGUGGCUUUGUGACUGUCAAAUGCAAUGGUUUGCUGCAUGGUUUGAGGAACACAGAAGUGUAGUGGAUGAGAGCCAGUCCUGUGAUAGGUUGCUCGAUCUGGAGUGUUCCCCACCAAUGUCAAUGCGCAACAGCAGUUUGCAGUACAUUGAGAUGAAGAUGAACACAACACUGGACUGUCAGAUCGUUGGGUAUCCGCCACCAUCCAUCACAUGGGUGACACCAAUGGGCAUAGUCUUCCACCACUUCCCACCCAAAGACGUCAGCCUGGAUGAUGGCACCAGUCCGGUGUUCUCGAACCAUCCACCGGUGCACAACCAGGAGAUGGUGGCUGAGCCUUCUGACGAGAACAGCCGGAUCCGAGUUCUGGACAAUGGCAUGCUGUUCAUCCGACAAGUGGUCCGCACGGAUGCCGGCUUCUACACGUGCUUUGCCUCCAAUGCCCUCGCCAACCUCACCACCCAGGUCAUAGUUCGCUUCGACCCAGACACGUUCUACAACUUCAAACUGACCAGCAUCAUAAUUGGCGCGUCAUGUGCAGCUGGAUUCCUGCUGGCCACAUUCAUUGCACAUCUCAUCAUCUUCAUUUGCAAAAAAUGUGGCUGGACGUGUUGUUGUGUGAAUGACGAGGACGAGAUACCGCGAAUGAAACAGAUUUACCAAGUGGUAGAUUCUCUCGAGCAGUACAAGACUCAACAACUGGAAAAACUGCGGGAGAACUACACAAUGCAGGUGCACAAGAUAAAGGAGAACUGCGCGGAACAAGUGGACUGGCUAAGGGACUCCUACCAGGGGCAAGUAAGAAAUUUGCGCGGCAUAAGAGAUUACGGAACGUCGCAUCUGGGCUCUUUGAGGGACCAGUAUAUGGACCAGAUGCGGCGGGUGCGUGACUACUCGAACGGACAGCUGUCAUGGGUACGCGAGAACUACGUGUUCCAGCGGAGCCGCAUCAGAAAGUUCAGCUCACACCAGGUGCUCUGGUUCCGGGAGUCCUACAAGUACCAGCAGCAGACACUCAACAAAAUACUCGAAAACUUGCCCAGCCUCUACUUUGAGAACUGUCGGUCGGGGUCAUGUGGACAAUCAGUGCAGUCAAAUCUUGAUCAGAAAGGGGUGGAGGUAGAGGAGGAAGAUGAUGUGGAGAAGAUAGAUGAUUAUAUCAAGUCAAAAAUUAGUAAUUUGACAAGACCAUCAAGGUUGGACGAGGUGCUGGAUGAACAGAGUGUGUAUUUCACACCUUCUGACCAGUCCAUGAGCCCACAAAGUCCAUGCAGUUUCCCGAGGGGAAUGAGUGAUGAGGAAAAUGAGACGUCCACAACUGAACCACUUCGGGCGCCAUUUUUCUUCACAAUGCACGACAAAGCGGCACCAGGAGUGUCAGGAUUGAUGACCAUGCAUUCGAUACCGAUGAUCGAUGAUGACGUCACUCCCUGCCCAGUGUUCCAGGGCACAUCACGUGACAUCCACCCCUCCACCAGCCUCCCCGCCAUGAGGAUCAGCCACGUUCCUAACGACUACAGUUCCUCAGACGAUGACGAGAUAUCCAGAUACACUGGAUACCAACCACUACACCGUGAUACCGUCAAAGCCAGACUACAACAAAAUGGUGAAUCAUCUUCGAAAAUGAUAAAAAUACCAUCCAGGUCGCCGUCAUCCUCUGACUCUCCACAACACGAAACAGCUUUGUAGUAGUGCCAAUUAGAUCUAAGCCAAUUACUCUAUCCUAGGAAUCAAUUAAAUUAUUAUUACGAUAAAAUGUAUGAAGCAAAUCAAUUGAGAUUUUCUUCACUACCAUCUGUGAUAGUGAAAAAUGGUUAGUUGUGAUUCAUGUGUCUUCAACUUAAAAAACUAAUACUAACUAACGAAUGAAUGAUUAUUUGAGGUAUUCUGUUAACUUUAGAAUGUUUCAUUUAUACCACUUUAGAAGAAUAAUGUACAAACUGUGGUUAACUGGCGGUUACAAAAAUUAAUUUCAAACAGAGGUUAAUUGAUUACUUAAUUAAUAAAUAAUAACUCAUCAAUUUGAUAAACUAUUCAUUAUUUUAAGAAUGCUUCGUUUGGAUUCACUUAAUAAAAUUGAAUUUACUGUCAAGAAACUAUUAAUAAGUUGAAUUACAUAAACUGUAAACAAUACAAUUUUCACAGUAAGCUAACCAAAUGAAAAUAUCUGUAUUUUUUGUAUAUUUUUUUAAAUAAAAGAUUAUACUAAUAAAACCGUAUCUGCAAUUUCCAAGAUAAUAAAAAUAUUGAAAUAAAAUCGAGUUUAAAGAAUGCAUAUCUAUUUGAAGUGGAAAAUAACUUAGUAAGCUUGUAAACAAUUUGAGAACAAUUUUUCACAUAGAAUCAAAAAGCAGAACAACAGUAUCAAGUUUUUUGAUAUGCAAGCUAAUUUGAAUCAAUAAUAUUAUCUAAUCUAUUAUUGGUCUGUUCUAGAUUACAGCAAAAAUUGACAAAGCCCCCAAGUACCUACUAAUAACUCUAGAUUUAUAAUGUAUGUCUUACAUGUUUUACAUUGCAUUAAAAUAAUCUAAUUUCUACUCUCUUUUCAUCAGUAAACAAAUAGUAACAAUAUAAUAAUUUAUCGGUGUGUAACCUACAACAUAAAUGGAAAACUUCAAAAUAGAUGUACUGUAUUUACAUACUGGAGAAUAUUAACCUGUACGACUUUAUUCUACUGGAAUGGUGCAUGAGUUUUAAAUCGAAUUUAAUAGGAUAAUCGCGACCUUAUGAAUGUCAUAGUUGAUGGGAGUUAUUUUUUUAUUUAGUCAAUUAAAAUUUGUGUUUUUCUGUUUUCUACUGUAAUAAAUCUGAUAUUUUUUAUUAGGAAUGUGUAUUUGUAAUAAAUAUUUGGAAAAUU